GGGGACACCAUUCUCACCCCGUUAAGUUUCAAAGACACUUAAAAACAGUGGCUCUCAAAUGAGCUUCUCUGCAGACGGCGCUGCAGAAAGAGGGAAGAGAGGAGACCUAGUUAGCAGUGCCACCUUCCACUUCUUCGUCGCCUAGUAACGGUUUCCACGGCAACCGCGCAGUCAAUAACGCUUAGCAAUCCCAAGAGAAAUAGGGUGUUUUUCUUCCCGAGAGAGUACUGCUAAGAGGGGGUCAAAGGGAGACGAUGUGAAAGAGAGAACCCGAGGUCCUUGAGAAGGCAAAGAAGUAAGGGACGGAGAUACUGGGACAGUGAGAAAAAGUUGAGAAUAGUAGCUUUUAAGGAGUCCUUUGGUGGCCAUGGAUCCAACGUGCCCUUCUGAGUGCAUUUAUAACCUCAUACCCAGUGACUUGAAGGAGCCUCCCCAGCCUCCUAGGUACAUAUCAAUUUUUAAGGCAACUGUAAAAGACGACAUACAAAAAACUAAAACUGCAAUGAAAACAAUGGGACCAGCAAAAGUUGAAGUACCUUCUCCAAAGGAUUUCCUAAAGAAACAUUCAAAGGAAAAAACCUUACCACCCAUAAAAAAGUUUGAUCGGAACGUGCCCAAAAAACCUGCUGUGCCAUUGAGGACUGAUCAUCCUGUCAUGGGAAUACAGAGUGAAAAAAAUUUUAUAAAUACAAAUGCAGCCAAUGUCAUUAUGGGAGUGGCUAAAAAGCCUAAACCAAUUUAUGUUGAUAAAAGAACUGGAGACAAGCAUGAUCUUGAGCCUUCAGGACUGGUUCCAAAGUACAUCAAUAAAAAGGAUUAUGGUGUCACACCUGAAUACAUAUGUAAGCGAAACGAGGAAAUAAAGAAAGCCCAAGAAGAAUAUGAUCAUCAUAUUCAGGAAAACCUUAAGAAAGCAGCUAUGAAAAGGGUCUCUGAUGACGAAAGGGAGGCGAUUCUGCAGGGGCUGAAAAAGAACUGGGAAGAGGUGCAUAAAGAGUUCCAGUCCCUCUCAGUCUUUAUAGAUUCCAUACCAAAGAAAAUCCGCAAGCAGAGGCUGGAAGAAGAAAUGAAGCAACUGGAACACUACAUUGGUGUAAUUGAAAAGCACAAAAUUAUUUAUAUUGCCAAUAAGUAAGAACGGAUCUUUAAAGUAUAGAGAUUUCAAUGUAGGAGAAAAAAUGGAAAAUAUCAAAAUAAAACUACAUUUUUCAUAAAGGAAAAUACUACUAAGGGAAUAAAAAUAGUCUUAAUCAGAAUGCUUAGGCAAUGUGCAAAGAAAAAUUGAGUUAUUUACUUACACAAGAAAAAAUGUUGUUUUUACUAGUGUUUUCCACAUAUAAACUAUUCAAGUUUGAGACUAUGCUUUCCAGUUCCCUAAUGUAAUUCAUUAUUAUUAUGUACUUGUUUCACAUACACAUUAAUUUCUAGACCCUGAAAAUAAAGUCAGCACUUAGAACUUCAAAUUGUUUUUUUUUUUUUUCUGCAGUGCAUGAUCCAAACAGCACAACUUUGAAAAGUGUUAAGUAUGUUGAACUGGAAAUAGAAACGUGCCUUCUUACUACUAUAAAGUGUCUCCAACGCAUUGUUUCUGAGCUCCACAAAUGCAAAAGAUGUAUUUUCUGGUGACCCAUGACAUUUAUAGUUAUUCCCAAUGAUAAAUAUUUUCAGUAUUCAUAACACUGUAGAUGAUGAAAGGCUUCUAAUUUGUAGGAAGAAAAAUUAAGAAGACUACUUACAAAAUCAAGAGGACGACUUGUAAAAGGCACCACGGAGGCUGGCGAUGGAGAACAGCCUCCUUUCUGGCAUACCAACUUUGAUAGUCUUGUUUUAUUCCACAGCUCACUAUGCAAAUCUUAUUUAGAUAUGUAUUUUUUUCUUUUGGUCCUUUCUACUUAUCGAUUUUGUGAAUUCUAACUCUAAUCACUUAUAAGAUUACAUUUUGAUUUUGAGAUAGAGUCUCACUCUGUCGCCCAGGCUGGAGUGCAGUGGCACAAUCUCAGCUCACCGCAACCUCCGCCUCCCAGGUUCAAGCAAUUCUCCUGCCUCAGCCUCCUGAGUAGCUGGGACUACAGGCGUGCACCACCACACCUGGAUAAUUUUCAUAUUUUUUAGUAGAAACGAGGUUUCACCAUAUUGAACAGGCUGGUCAACGAACUCCUGACCUCAGGUGAUAUGCCUGCCUCAGCCUCCCAAAAUGCUGGGAUUACAAGCAUGAGCCACCACGCCCAGCCAAGAUUACAUAAUCUAUUAAGCAAUAAGUUUAUAUUAAUGGAGCUGUUUUCAUCCCAAAUUAAGAAAAAUAGCUCUAAAUAUCUAAGAGGAAAAGGUUAUUUUAUAAGUUUUAAAUUAGAAAAAUUUGGUAAAAUAUAUGCAACCAUAAAAUAGCAGAUAAAUAACAGUUCCUACGCUUACACUGGUUUUUAUCCUCUGGACAACAUAAUAAACAAAAUAUGAGAGUCUUUUGAACUUUUUUUCACACAGAAUUUGGGAGCCUUAUAGAAAAGCUUAUUUUUGGUUACUUAAAGAAAAAUAGUUUAUAUGCAAUUAUUUUUUGAAAAUUCACUUGAAACUUGUCUGUAUGAGUCUCUUUUUUUUAUUCCUUUAUUGACUUAGGGCAGAUAUAAAAUAAAGGAUAAUAUGUGAUAAAUGCUUACUUAUCAAGAAUGGUUGGUUGUUAUUCAGGGUAGACUAACAGCUAUGACAAUGCACUCCAAUACGUAUAAUUACAUAAACAGAAAUUCCUUUUUUGCCGACAUAACUGUAUUUUGCUGUGAGCAGGUCAGGAGCAACCCUUUUCUGCAGUCACUCAGGGACCCAGACUCACAGAGUGGGUAGCAUGCAUCGGAUCCAGAGUUAGGGAGAGCCACGUACGGGCCAGGCCUAGAAAUGGUGCAUAUCAUUCCCGCUUGCAUCACUAAGUAAGCAACUUAAGUUGCUUUAACAAACUAACUCCAAAUCUUGGUUGCCUGAUUCAGAUACAUUUUUCAUUUAUAUUACUGUGCCAUGUGACAAAGGGUGGAGGUACAACUCUCUUCCAUGCAGUCACUCAGGGACCCAGUCUCUUUCUGUCUGGUGGCUCUGUUGAUCCAGCCAGCCUUUCUCUGACAGUUUAGGAUGAGAUGUUUAGGUUAGCAUUUUAUUUGUGAGAUGAUUGCUAUGCAUACACAUUUUUAAAUAAUUCAAAAUCAGUAGCAAUGCACACAUAUUCUACUUACUUCAGCCUUAUGGAUAUUAUGCUUUGAAGUCAUCAGUGGGAGUUGCCUUAGUAGUUAAAAAGAAAACUUUGUGGUUUUAACAGAUAAUUCUUCUUUUGCUUUCUGUAAAUGUCUAUUAAAGAAUUUAGACUUUUCUCCAUGGCCCACAGUGUUGUCCUAGAUGGACUUUGUUGCCUUUCUUUCACACAGCCUACAGAGGGAAACAUUCCCAUCCACUGAUUCUAGGAGGGUGAUUUCUACCAUGGAAUCCCAACCUUGGAUAGAGCCAGUGCAACCUCCCCUAAUUCAUAUACACACAUACCUGGGUCAUCCUAUCAGCCAGAAGAGGGACAAACACCUGACUUGGACAGCUGGCCAGUGACUGAUCAGAUUCCCUCUCUUGAGAGCAUGAAUUAAGAGACAUGUAGACUGCAGUCACCUGGCAGUGGAUACCUGAAACUAAAAGGUCAAACUUCAUUAUGCAGCUAGUUUGACUUGUUUUCUCUUUCUGUUCAAAAGAAGAACGGGUAGAAUAAAGAUUUGAUGUGGCCUGGCCCCUUGCCUAUGAUCUUUUUAGCUUCAUUUCUUGAAACGCUGCUUCUUCCCUACCCACUGUAACUGACGUUCCAUAGUACUGAGGUACUAGAGACUUCUCAGAUCUGCACACAUGGUUUCCUCCACCCAGAAAACUGCCCCUUUCUCUCAUCCUAUGUAGCUACCUGGCAAAUCCCUAGUCUUUCUCAGCUCACAUCACAUUUCCAUAACAAUCCUCUUUGAUUCCUCAGAUUCUGACCUUCCUUUAUAGCACUGGUCAUAUUGUAUUGUGCAUAUCUGGUUAUUUGCCUGUUUUCCAUGAAAUUGCAAGCUCGUGAAGAGAAGGUACUGUGUAUUUUUUCAUCUGCAUUCCCUAGAAUCUGCAAAACAGUUGGUAUAGAGAAGGUACUAAAAAUAAUCCUUAAUGAAUACAGUAAUGAACUGUACCCAAAC